GAGGACACCAAAAAAAACAUUGUCAAGUCUUUGUUUUCUCUUUUCUUUUCUCUCUCCCAAGUUUCAAGUUUCAAAGGGAGUAAGAAUUUGGAAUUACAAAACUAAGAAACCUCCACUCAAACCAAGCAUCAUUUGAAGAAUUGUCUGUCUAUCGUCAAGCUGAUUCCUUCACACAAGUACGGAACUAGAGCCAACGUCAGAUUAAGAAUGGAGUAUCAAGAGCAACAUAACGUAGAGGUCAGAAUGGAAAUAGAGGAUUUGAAGUCAAGUAUGACCAAGCUCACUGAAAUGCUGCAAGUUUUGAUUGCUAGAGGGGAACCGCCUCAGAAGACUGUCAUUGUUGAAGUCCCAAGUGCUGAUGUUGACCCUCAACCCACUCAACAACCACCUUCAACAUGGCCUGAGUUUGGUUUGCCACCUGAUUUUACUCCUCCCUAUGAGAAGACUCCUGGUAUUGGUCAAUUAUCACGACCUGUGAUGGGUCAAACUUCAAACCCAGUUAUUCGUGCUCCUAUCAUGACUGAAUCUCAGCCCAUUGUGCAUACUGUUGCUCAACAUGCUUAUGAGAAUCCUCUAUUUGAAUACCAAGCUGCCAAUUCCCAGAAUGGAAGCCAAGGGGAUGCUGGAGAUAUUGAAGAUGUCAAAGAACAGUAUCAGACUUUGGAAAAGCGAUUGAGAGCCAUGGAAGGCAAUAAUUACUUUGGGGUUGCUGCUAAGAAUAUGUGUUUGGUUUCUGAUGUCGUCAUGCCUGCAAAAUUCAAGACUCCUGAAUUUGAGAAAUACAAAGGAAACACCUGUCCAAAAAGCCAUUUGAUCAUGUACUAUCGCAAAAUGGCUGCUUAUACUCAAAAUGACAAACUGCUCAUCCAUUGUUUUUAAGAUAGUUUGAGCGGAGUUUCGCUAAAAUGGUAUAUGGGACUCGAGAGGAGUCGUAUUCAAUGUUUUCAAGACCUAACUGAUGCUUUCAUUAAGCAAUAUAAGUAUAAUUUGGACAUGGCACCUGAUCGCCGACAACUACAAAGCAUGUCCCAGAAAGAGAAAGAGUCUUUCAAGGAAUACGCUCAACGCUGGAGAGAGCUUGCUUCUCAAGUAGAGCCACCUUUAGUUGAAAAGGAACUAACAGGCAUGUUUAUGGAUACUCUCUCACCUUUCUUCUGGGAGAAGAUGAUCGGUAGUGUAUCUUCCAACUUCACAGACUUGGUAACCAUUGGUCAGAGACUUGAACAAGGACUCAAGAAUGGGAAAGUUACUCAUGUUGUUGAAUCCUCUAGUGGGGCGAGGAAGCCUUAUGGAAACUUCCAGAAGAAAAAUGAGACGAAUGUUGUGUCGGAAGAUAGAAGAUCUCGUCAUAAUGGUGAUCAACCUUAUGUGGCUACUGUUGCUCCUAUGCGAGUUCAAGCUCCUUGACCUGAGGUUGCUAACCAAAAUCAGAUUCGUAAUAGGGUUGACUUUGACCCCAUCCCUAUGACUUAUACUGAAUUGUAUCCUGCAUUGGUUCAUAAAGGGUUGAUCACAACAAGAUCUAUGCCUCCUCCUCGGAAUCCUCUUCCAGAUGGUUUUAGGUCUGAUCUUCAUUGUCCUUUCCAUCAAGGGGCAGCGGGCCAUGAUUUAGAAAGAUGUUUCCCUUUGAAGGCCAGAGUUCAAGAGUUGGUUAGAUCAAAGAUGCUAUCUUUUAAGAAUGUUGGUCCCAAUGUUGUCACUAAUCCUUUGCCCAACCAGAGUGGCUGAAGACAAGUCAAAGGCAAUUAUCUUCCUAAAGCCAAGUGUUUCAGACGGGAUAGCUCAUCCCUGUUGCUGAUUAGUCACUAGGCCUUGUUUCUUUACUGUUUGCAUUUCCUUAAUUGUGCUGUUUACUUUUAGACUUUGUUUGUUUAUGAAUGGUGAUUUUAAUGAAAUGAGCAUCGUAUGUUUGAAUU